CUGCGUCUCUCUGCUCUUCUAAACUCUGCUGGGCAUCGUUGCGCGUCAAAACAUUGCGUCUGAGCUAGACUUGCCAGGGCCAGAAAAGAGCAGAGAAAAAUAUCCCGAGAAGGAAUGCGAAAGGAGCUUUAGAAUUGGCACUGCCACGAGGAAACGAGGAGGUGCGACGUUUUCGGGCUACGUGGUGAACAGAGUUUUCUUCCCAUCAAAGGUGUGUGCCUCCCGCCCCAGCGCCCACCACGGCCCUCACCUGUGUGUUGCGGUGCUUUCCUUGUGAGCCGACCUGGGCUGGCAGUCCCUUCUUGCACCGCCCGCCAACCCCGCCCAUGGUCAGAAUGACGCGCUCCAAGACCUUUCAGGCCUACCUGCCUAGCUGCCACCGGACCUACAGCUGCAUCCACUGCCGAGCUCACCUGGCCAACCACGACGAGCUCAUCUCUAAGUCCUUCCAAGGCAGCCAGGGCAGGGCCUACCUAUUCAACUCAGUGGUGAACGUUGGGUGCGGUCCUGCGGAGGAGAGAGUCUUGCUCACGGGCCUGCAUGCUGUAGCAGAUAUUUACUGUGAGAACUGCAAGACCACCCUGGGCUGGAAAUAUGAACAUGCCUUUGAGAGCAGCCAGAAAUACAAAGAGGGAAAGUUCAUCAUCGAGUUGGCCCACAUGAUCAAGGACAACGGCUGGGACUGAUGCCGACCGGGUGACGCGCGCAUGGAUGGACAAAUAAAUAGAAACUGAAGGGAAGGGGCAAGGGUUGGGGUCUUAUGUGUGGCGGGUUAGUGUGUGACUUGGGUUUGGCUGAUCUACCAUUAACCUCUGUAACUCUCUGCCCAUUCCCUCCCUUUUGACCACACCUGUCUGGAUGUAUACACUCUAUUAACAAAACCACGCAGACAUCCCAGCUUGAGAGACCUGACGCAGCUAAGCAAAUGUGUAGUCAUAGCAAAUGGGGUUACGCUGAGUAUAUACAGUGUGGUGUGCUCUUUGAAAAAAAAAAACAUUAGAUUUUUACUGACAGGUUAAAGAUCUGAUGGGGAUUGCGCUUGUCCCUGCUGUGAAUGAGAUGACCUAGGGGUGAUUAGUGCAAAAAUCCAGUUGAUGGAAGGGGGGGGGGGGGG